UCAUCUUUGCGCAGGCCCGCGGGAAUUUCCGGUCUCUUUUUUUCCAGUGAAAAAACUCCAGGCCCUUUUACUCUAAUACAGGACUGCCGUCACGAGAGUGAAUGAUACUACUCCCAACCAAUAGGAAUUCAAGGCGGCUUGGUGGUGUUUUUUUUUUUUUUUAAACCGGACGUUUAAGCCGCAGAACAAGAGAAGGCGUGGCCUCGGUUGCUAAGAAGCGGCUUGGGUUGGAUAUCGUGUGUCGCUGGUCGCUAGUUUUUUUUUUUCUCCUGCUUUGCGAGCGCUUCAACGGUGAAGUGGCGAUCGCGGUCGGGAAGGCGGAGGUGGCUGGACCAUGAACCAAGAGGAAAGAUUUGCUUUUGUUGCAGAAUGGUAUGAUCCAAAUGCUUCACUUUUUCGGCGCUAUGAGCUUCUGUAUUAUCCUACAGAUGGAUCAGUGGAAAUGUAUGACAUGAAGAAUCGCUGCAAAUUCUUGAAUCGCACUAAAUAUGAAGAUCUGAAUUUUAAAGAUCUUUUUGUGGGCAACAGAAUUACUAUUUUUUCACGCCACCUCAAUUUGGUGGACUAUGCAGAUCAAUAUACGUCUCGCAUGUUGGGCAGUUCCAAAGAAAGAACCUUGGCAUUAUUAAAACCAGAUGUAGCACUCAGACUUGGAGAGAUUAUUGAUAUGAUUAUUCAUUCUGGUUUUACGAUAACAAAGGCUAAAAUGAUGAAACUUACAAGGGGAGAAGCAAUGGAUUUACAUGCAGACCAUCAAUCUAAGCCGUACUACAAUGAGCUUCUUGAGUUUAUUACAAGUGGCCCUGUUGUUGCCAUGGAGAUUUUGGGAGAUGAUGCCAUAGGUAGAUGGAAACAAUUAUUAGGGCCUGCAAAUUCAGUUGUUGCACGAACUGAUGCUCCAAACACCAUUAGAGGACGUUUUGGAAGUGACAGCAUAAGAAAUGUGGCUCAUGGACCUGAUUCCUUUGCCUCUGCUGCUAGUGAAUUGGAAUUAUUCUUUCCUUCCAAUGGAGGCCGUGGACCUACUGGCACUGCCGCGUACACACAUUGUACUUGCUGUGUUAUUAAACCUCAUGCAAUUAAAGAAGGUGUAGCUGGAAAGAUUAUAAAAGCAAUUCUUGAUGGAGGAUUUGAUAUCUCAGCCUUGCAGAUGUUCUAUAUGGACCGAGCAAAUUCAGAGGAAUUCUAUGCAAUCUACAAAGGUGUAGUUGCUGAAUAUUCUGAAAUGGUUGUAGAACUCUGCUCAGGACCUUGUAUAGCUCUAGAGAUUCGGCAGAUAGAUCCUGAAAAAGUGUUCAGAGACUACUGUGGCCCUUCCGAUCCUGAAAUAGCCCGUUAUCUCCGUCCUGGCACCCUCCGUGCUCGUUUUGGUAAAAACAAGAUCCAGAAUGCUGUCCAUUGUACAGAUUUACCAGAGGAUGGACUUUUGGAGGUGCAGGUGACUAAGAAAAAGGACUCUGAUCCCUGGGAAGGACAAGCAGCUAUUAGCCAUGCCCUGAAUGGAAGAAACUGUGACGUGUAACUUUCCUGUCACAGGGUGUGUGGAUGGGGACAUGCAAGGUCACUGAAGCAGUUAUUAUCAAGAGGCGAAGUUGUAAAAGUUGCCUGUAUUGGAGUGAACAUUUUCUUUGCAGUAAUCUCACAGAACAGAACCCCAUCAAAUUCUUGCAGAAUAGUUUGAGGAAACCUGUCUUAAUACAAAGUGUGAUUUGACUACUGACAAUAGAAUUGGAUUAUACACCCAACAUAUCAUUUAUUUAAAAUGUUCUUCUGUACUACUCUUAACAAUUACACUCAAAAGAAGCAAGACAUAUAAUUAAAUAUGCAGUAGCAGAGAAGAAGUUGAACAAAAUAUCCCAUAGCAGAGAAACAAACAUUAAAUCACAUUAAAGGUCUAUCUAGAGGGGGUGUGUCAAAUUCGCAUUGUCACGGCACCAUCACGUGACGUAUUGGGAUUUUUUUCCCCACUUCGCUAAAUGGGUGUGGGCGUGGCCAGUGUGUGACGCAUCUGGCCCAUGGGCCAUGAAUUUGACAGCCCUGAUCUAGAGGAAUAAAGCAAUAACUCCUGGCAGCACAGGGAAAUCUUAAAAGAUAGGGAUUUCUCAAUGAGAAGAGUUCCAUAAUCCUGAGGUUGCACUAGCCAAUUUACAAAGGAGAUUAAAAUAUCCUAUUUUCCAUAAUAGACAACUAAAUCAUCCAUGAAGAUCACAUGCAAAACAGACUGCUACUAGGGUUGUCCGAUUUUGAUUUAAUAUUCAUAUAAUUUGGAAAUAUAAGACAUACAAUCAAUGUGAUGUUGAACUAUAUACUGACAACUUGAAAUUAUUGAUUUUUGAAGAAUUUUGGAAUUAUCAGUGCUAAAGUCAGCACUAUCUGCAGCAAACCUCUAUGAUGCCAGAAUGAUGCCAUUAAUACAAUGGCAUAAGACAUGCAAAAGCCACUGUUAUAUAUUUGUCUCGUAGCAUCUGAUGCACGUGUCACCAUCUGUCCUCCAUUAUGGAUGCAUGGAAUGUGGUUAAAAAGGUUGUUCUGCCUCAGUAGAAAUAAAUUGUUGUUUCACAUUUAAAAUCCUGGAUGGAAUUCUUG